CAGCUGGCGAUGGGUCCCAGCUGGCUGGGCCUGAUGUUUGCUCUGGCGGCAGCUGCACCGCCUGGCUGCGUGGGAGGCGAUGUGCCUGCGACAGGAGCCCCUGCCCCGGCACCCUGCCCGGUGGACGAGAGCACAGCAGCCCCGGAGGGGGGAAGCCGCUUGGUGCCCAGAUUUAGCACGUGCAUGCUGAGCUGCGCUUCCCAAGCCAUGCUCGAGAUGGUCAGUGCCAAGUCCACGGUCUCGCUGAAACUCAACGAAGGCACGGAAGGUGAGGAGCACGAAUUUUGCUGGAUGUUGCGCCUCCGCUGCCAGAAAGGAGAGAGGCUCACCAAAGCUUUUGUCCUGCUGAACCUGGAGCAGCCUCCGGAUGGGGGCCCACCGCCUCCCUACAGGCUCCUCCUCACCACACCGCCCUCGCUGCGGCAGUACUUGCGGGCCCGCCAAGGGAACCGCGGCACUCGGAUCCUAAGCAGGGAAGUCUGCGGCACGCGCUUCGACGUGACGGAGCCCUUCCGCAGGGCCGAAUGGGGCCGGGACGCUGAGAUGUGCGUCAAGGCCGUCUGUCCGGAGGAAGACGUCUGCAGGGCUUCGCGGCUGGGCCUGCAUUGCCCGCCCUUCUUGGCAACUCUGUGGCGCAGCGUGCCUCGGCCUGACGGCUAGGCUCUGGAGUGGAGAACGGCUGCUUGCAACUGUUGGGAGCACAGGGCGGGGAGCACGCACACGCGCACACACACUCCAAUCGAGCAGCUACCGGCACGCCGGAGAUAAUAUUGUGACAGACUUUACUUCGGUGUCAAUUUUUAAUCGCCGAUUUCAAUAUUACAUAAAACAAUACAAAUAUCACACAUGCAAGCAGGCACAUUACUAUAAUCACUAGGGGGAAAAGUAUAUAGAGAAGACUAAGGAACAAAGCCGCUAACACUGUACAAAGGGUUUCUCGAAUCAGUACAAAGACAGUAUCUGCUCUCUAUAGUCCCGGCACCAGCGUGCAGUACAGUAGGGCAAGUGCCACGGGACUACUGGACCCACUGUCAUUGCUGCGAGAAAUGGAAGGGCCUCAUAAUGACGCUGAGUGGAGUUCUGGGCACUGCUAUCUUAAUUAUGCCUCAUGUUGGGGGCAGGGCUGGUGUAAUUAAAGCGGGGGUACCAGCAAGUUCAGAUGUGGGGGACCUGGACUGGUAAUGUCAGGUGAGAGGAAAAUGUUUCUCCUGCAACGCAGCUCCCUCAGAGGAAAUUACUGUGACUUUUAAAAAGCCCUAUGAAAGGGUGGCAUUUGCACCUCUUGUGUAGACUGAGGGAAACCCCGAAACGGGAAAAUGUUUGUGUCUGGUCAUCUAUCUACCAACCUGGGGUCAGAUACUGGGUCUCCCCCAUCUACUGUAAUCUCUGCUGCUUUACCUACUUUACCUGUUUGGUCUGUGCUGUGCUUUUUCCACUCUAUUAUUCCUUGUCUCAAUCCAUUCCUUCCAUUUAUAUCUUCAGCCUUUCCUUGAUACGUCUUUGAAAGAUGCCUGCUUUGACUAAGGCCUGGACUCAAAAGUUUCCCCCUACAGCUAUCUAGAAUUUGGGAGAUGGGGGUCAUUGUAAGGAAGUUCUAUGAUAUUGUCACGUUGUUUGAGGCUUUUGAAAUAA